GAUGAAUAGUGUUGAGUUUUCUCCGCAGGAACAGAACAAAACAAAGGAAGCGGUGCCGAAAGUAAAAGGACAGAUGGACUCUUUUCCUUGAUUUUUACACUUAAAUUAGCUGUUUGUUUGUCGUUUUAUAUAUAAUGUUUGUACUGUCAGCGUCAACAGUAUAUUCAGAAUAGAAUGCGUUAAGAUGGACGACCUCUCUUAUCGUUGUUAUACAGGUAAAGAUGAGAGCAGAGCACCACUACUUUUAGCGGAACAAAAACGAAAUGACGACGGACAGACAGCAGCUGACGAAUGCAGAUCAUGCCUUCUCCCAACAGAAAAAGAGACACACCAGCAUUUUCAGCAAAUUGACGGCAUACACUACAUUGUUGAUGGGGAUGAUGGUGGGUAUGACUUCAGACAAGGAACAUGCUUAAAGGAUUGCGUUAACAUUCACAAACAGAACAAUAGAAACGAUGGUGCAAUAAAUAUAGAUACAGAUGAUAUAGACUUUGAGGGAGACCUGUGUUCGUGUGCACAUAGUACAUGCUCUAACGCUGAUAGUAACGGGAGCCAGUAUAUCAACGAGAAACCGAAUGGAAGCACACAUAAACAGUGUGACCGAUAUACAAGUGCCUCAAAAGAAAGCGAGCACAUUAUAGAACAAUUAUCUGUGCUCACAAAUCACAUCGACGCUAAUGAGGAUGUGAUUGAGGAGGAAUGCGGUUACUUUGGGGAUGAGGAAAAAGACAGUGGUAGUGAAGACGAUGAUUAUGAAGACUGCCAGGAUUAUUACCAAUAUAGUGAUGAUCAUUAUGAUGAUGAUGAAGAUGAUGCCUAUGAAGACGAGGUAUUAGAAGAGACAGCUUUGCACUCUCUACUUAGCCAUGAUAUACAUUCAGUAAAACUGUGGUAUGGCCCCUCUACGAUUGAUGUCAGGCGUUUUUCAUCUUUGGAUGAUGUUGAUGUUGAUCUGAAGUUGGACAUAUCUUUUCUUCAUUCUGAGAUUGCAAGUGCUUGGUCGUUAUUAUCUGAUCAACCGCUAGUUGUUCGUCUCAACUUCUCUUCCUCCCGUUACUUAGAUGGAGACAUUCCAAAGGUGACAGUUUUUCAGCCUACAAAAGAAAAACAAGUUGGCAUAUGUGUUCAAGUACGAAAGAUUACUGAAGGGUUUGUAUCCAAACAUUGGAAAGUAUAUAGCAACUCAUACGUUGAAUCCAAACAGAAACCAUUGGCAUCCACAACACCGAAAUCUGUGGACUGCUCGGGUAACAAAAAGUUUAAGAACAGUAGCCUUUGUGUUGACGAUACAUCCUUGUCUCAAAUCAUGGAGCUUGGCUAUAGUCGCACUAUGGCUACAAAUGCAUUGGUGAUGAGUGAGGGCAGUGUAACUACUGCCAUUUCUUUUCUACAAUCCAACCCUGCAAGGUGCCAGAACUUUCAGGGAGAAGAAUUCAUUCCACGGAAGAAAAGUUUAAAGACACUUUUCCGGCAAAAAUCUAGUUCAAAAAAUAAUUCCACAGAUAUACACAAUCCAGAUGAACUUCAUCUUUUACCAACAUUAACUGAGGCUGGGAAGUCUGCUAAAACAGUACCAAGCCUCUGCCAUGGAUUUCUUAACCAAAUUUUCACAUAUCUACGUAACAGGAUAUCUUCACUUAAUGAGUACUGUGUUGUGUGUGAUGAACCACAUAUUUUCCAAAAUGGGUACAUGUUAAAGCCCGCAGUUUGUGAGCGGGAACUGUGUGUAUUUGCAUUCCAGACUCUCGGCGUGAUGCGUAACGCAGCUGAAGACAUUGCAAUGGGUGCUGAGGUUGUUGAUUUGCUUGUCGCCAUGGUUGCUGCAGCUAUUAAAUCGAAGAGGAAAAACCUCAUCCUGGAUCCCUACCCAAUGGUUGUGGAUCCAUUUAACCCAAAAGAAUUUGCUUUUUCUCCAAAGAAAAAAGAUUGUGCUGGUUUUCAGAAGAUAGAAAAAGCGCUGGAGAGUUUUAUAUCAAUUCGUGAAAUGCUUGCCACUGGCGACCCCGCUGAUAUGAAGAAACGAAUGGAUAUUAAGGAUCCAAAUUCUUACCCCUUACUUCAAUGGAUUGUGUCUAGCAACAGGUCACAUAUAGUUAAGUUGCCAGAAUCCAGGCAAAUCAAAUUUAUGCAUACUCCUCAUCAAUUUCUAUUAAUGACGAGCCCACCUUCGAAGGAGGCGAUAUUCUCAAAGGCGAAACAAGAGUCUGGUAGCGUCUUCGCAUUUCAUGGAUCACACAUAGAAAAUUGGCAUUCCAUUUUAAGAAAGGGACUCAUCAAUGCAUCAGGAACUAAGUAUCAGCUUCAUGGUGCAGCAUAUGGGCAGGGAAUUUACCUCAGCCCUCAUUCUAGUGUUUCCUUUGGCUACUCUGGUAUGGGCCACGGAUUUCAUAGAGAUCCCCAUAGGACAAUACAUGUGACAAACAAGAAAUCAGACUGUAGAUUUUUGAAGAGUAAGAAUCUCACAUGUAUAGCUCUGUGUGAAGUAAUUGAAUCAAAGGAACUGAAAAAGAAUGGGAAUAUUUGGGUGUGUACGAACCCAGAUCAUGUUUGCACACGUUUCUUUUUUAGAUAUGAAGAUGGCAAAGUUGGUGAUCUGACUGUUGAUACAUCUCAGGACCGAUACUCCAAAGAAAUUCUAGUUGCAACGCAGGUUAAAACACAUCCGAAAACGGGCAAAAAUAUCCUAGCAUGAAGUCUCAAAAUGUCAUAUAAAGAACACCACCAGCCUGGUUGCUUGUGUGUGUGGUACGAAAGCAGGACUUUCACAUUCAAGAACGAGACAAAGCACAAGUUCAUCGACCUUUCUUUUGUCCAAUAUAACAUGUGGGAAAGGGGUUUAUACUCCCUACCAUUGUUAUUGUAUAUGUUGUGUUGUAGGAUGUGUUCAUUCAUUCCCUUGGCCAGCACAUAUAAAUGUAUGUGUAUAUAUAUAUAUAUAUAUAUAUAUAUGUAUGUAUACACAGACAUAUAUUAUUUGUAUGAGCUGAUGAAAAACAUGAGUUAGUAGUUUAGUUUGUUAAUGAAUGCUAAUAAGCAUACACCGUAUAUUCUCGCUUAUAAGGCGAGGCUUAAAAAAGCAAAUGACGAUCGAAAAACAUUGCGCAACACAUACAAAGUUUUGAUAUUUCAUGUUCGUCUUAUGUGCAGAUUGUCCUUUACGAGCAAAUUUGCUACUGAAAUGAAGCUGGUAGCAGGGGCGGAUCCAGGAAUGUCCAAAAGGUGGGAGAGGAGGGGGGGGGGGGGGGGGGGGGGGCGAAAGUUGGGCCGAUCGAGACAACACUGCCCCGCAAAAUUGUUUGUGUUCUACACACACGAACAUAACAUUUGAGGUAUUCUGGGCUAUCAUUUUUUUUCUUUUUCUUACCUCCCAAAAGGAGAACUGGGGCCAGGCCAGCGCCCCCCCCCCCCAAAUCUACCCCUGGGUAGUAUGUUAAUGAACGCAAUUUUUAAUGCAGGGAAAUAAUAGUUUUGAUGAACAUUUAAAAACCCAUAAAAUUGUAUUAUUUGGCAGAUUAGCCCUACAUUUCACUCCAUUUUUAGCCAGCUAGAUGCAGUAUCAAAACAAUAAAGAGCAGAGAAGUAGGAAAUCCAACGAUGAAACGGGGGUCAUCUUAAUACCCAACAUGCAAAAAUUGUCCAAAAAUCUUCUCAAGCUCAAGAGUCCUCUUAUAUGCGGAUUGCCUUAUGCGCAAGAAUAUACGGUAAAUCUAGUAAAAAGUAAUUUAUGUAAUUUAAAGAACAUAUUUGUUAGUUUCUUCCCACACAUCCAAUUUAAACAAUUAAGUCACUCACAUCAACUUUCUAUGUUGUAAGGCCAUUUGGUUUCUGUAAUCAAUGUUUUUUUUUAACAAAUUCGCCAUCUGUGUCCUCAGAAGGCAGGUCUAUCUAAGUGGAACAAUUAGAAGGCUAAUGCCCAAUAGAAAGAAUUACACUGAAUUAGGUACUGUAGCUAUUAUCUCAUAUCACAUUUCCCUAGCUAGAGGCCCAUCACUUUUUCACUGCACCACCAUCAUGCCUUUGCCAGAUAGACCAGGUGGCUGCUUCUAACCUAGUCCCUACCCUCUGACCUUCAUAUUGGGGAGACCUUUUCAUUAAUUAAGCUGCCACUGUUUUAUUGUUCUUAAAUCUGUGGAAUACACAAGAUGUUCUACCAAUGACAAAGUAUCUGCCAAAAAGAGAAAAAUAUAAACAGGCAAGUAAUUUUAAGACAAUAAAGUGUAUUGUACAAAAGGUUAAAAGUACAUUUUUUAAAGGCACUAACCAGAUGGUAGAUACAAACCUGUAUUUUAACUUGUUUUUAAAAUAUGUUAUGGUGAUAACUUAAUAAUAUACAGAUUUUUGGCACUAUUUUACUGAGUGUUUUUAUCUUUUAUUAUGUUCAACUAUUCUGUCCUAAAACAUUGUUUUUCACAUACUGUAUUUUGUUAGUAUGCUUUUAUUGCCAUGAUGAAACAAACCACCGAGGUUAUAGUGUUUCCAUGGUUUAACAAAAUGUGUAUUAUAUUAAUCUAACAACCUGGGUUGGUUAUAAUUUGACCUUUUCACUCAGAGUUGAAUCUUAACUAACAUCCAUUGUUUCUUACAGCAUUGUUUUAUCAGUAUUUUCGCCUUUGAUCUUUGUGCGUAUAUGUAUGUAUGCAUACAUGUGUGGAUGUGCGUGUGUGUGUCCUUUUUUGCUUGCAUAUCCAUCUGUUGUAAGGUUUACAAUUCAAAAAAUGUAUGCCUCAAAAUAGAAAAAAAAAAGAUAACCUGUUGUGCUAGUGUAAUGUAAGACUUACUUUGAGGCCAAUUAUCUUGUGUUUUAUUCAUUUUCAUAUACCAAAAUGCCUAUGCAGUAACCUGAAUUUUAUUAUUUAGAAUGUUGAUGAAAUUCUAUAUAUUUCAAUAUACUGUACAUUAUACGGUUACAUUACAUGGAUUGCCAGUUGGGGACCCAUCUGGUUUAAUGAGCUUCCUUAACAAAUCCUUUAUUUGGUGCAAGUGGUAAUAAUAUCCAUGGCCAGUUGUAGACAGUGACGAUUUCAAAGGGACUCCCACAACCCAUGGGUGGCUUGGUACCCAACAGGCAUUAAUAUUUUGUAUGUUGUAAGAUGAAGAAUUUUUAACAUGUGACAAACUAUAAAUGUUAUGAAAAUGUGUUAAUAAAUAUUCUACAAAUAUA